GCUGGGCUGGGACGCACCCAUUCAAGCAAGAAGCGGACGGUCUCGAUCUCUCCAAAGGCGGAGGCCCAGAUGAGGGGGGUGAAGCCUCGCUCGUCCGGCUUGUUGAUGAGGGUGGAGAUGGAAGACACAUCCAAGGACACAAAGACAGAAGUCCCAUCUUGGGCCUGACAUUCCACCGUUCUUGCAUCCCAGAAGCAGGAGUCCAGGGUUUUCCCAGAGGGAGCCAAGUGGCUCCACCUUCGGACAGACGGCGUCCCCGUCCAUAACAAUGUCUCCUGUGCGGUCCUGGGGGCUCAGGAGUAUGUGCAGGGAUUUGGUGGCAGCAGAGGGGUACAAGAAGGGAGUUUAUACGGCCCGAAGUGGGCACUGUGUGGAGUAGUCCCCCAAUAUGCCCCCGGAAAAGGGGUUCGGUAAAGGAGGGCGCCCUUCCCCUGCUUGAGUGUCCCUCCUGGAGCUUCAGGGGGUUCCCGGCCCCUCUUCACCCACCUGCCGAUUGCCUCUUUCCCCAGUCUCUAACUCACAGCCCUUCUCCUGUCUGGGUAGACUAAAGAUCGAGGAGGGCAGGCCAAUGAGUAGCGGAACUGGAGAAAUGCGGUGCCCCAGUUUCCCAGGGAUGGUUUAGGCAGCUGUCUCCACCCCAGACUUCCGGUUCCUGUCCUCGAAAUAGGGCCGCAGCCACCAUGGAGGAACCGGAGAUGCAGCUCAAGGGAAAGAAAGUAACAGACAAGUUCACUGAGAGUGUCUACGUCCUGGCCAACGAGCCAUCCGUGGCCCUGUACCGGCUGCAGGAGCACGUGCGCCGCUCUCUGCCCGAGCUGGCCCAGCAUAAGGCUGACAUGCAGCGGUGGGAGGAGCAAAGCCAGGGAGCCAUCUACACGGUGGAGUACGCCUGCAGCGCCGUGAAGAACCUUGUCGACAGCAGCGUCUACUUCCGCAGCGUGGAGGGCCUCCUCAAACAGGCCAUCAGCAUCCGAGACCACAUGAACGCCACAGCCCAGGGCCACAGCCCUGAGGAACCGCCCCCGCCCUCUUCAGCCUGAUCCCGGAAGAGACUUGGAGGUGCUUUGGCCCCUCUGACUCAGUCAGUAUGUUUCUCCUGCUCCUGCCUGGAGCCUCCAGGCAAGGCGUGAACAUCCUGGGUCAUCUGCCGUCCCUUUACUGCUACUGCCGCGGCCCCUCAGAACAAACUGCUCUGUGGCUCCGCCCGAUCCCACCUGUGUACCUACAGACCCUGCUCUGCUCCCCAGAAUUGCCGCCCCACUCCCUACCUCGGAGCCUCCACUCCCACUUCUCCCCAGACUGCCCCCCACCAAGGGUUGUAGGUGACCUUCACAGGAUCAAGUCCUGGCCUCCCCUGCUUCUCCAGGCCCCAGGCUCUACACACAGCCUCAUUUUACAGAAGAGGAAACUGAGGCUCAGAGAGGCGAGUGACUGGAAAUGCCAGGAUUCACACCCAGACCCUCUAACUCCCAGUGCUUCACCUCUUCCCUCAGCCUCGCCCAGGAUUUUCCUCAGACGCCACCUCAUCAGGGCUACCCUGCAGCCCUAGGGGUCUCUCAGACCUCGCCUUGACUCACCUCUUGCCCCCCAGCCUGACCAAAGCUUGGACCCUUGGACACAGCCUUGUGGGACUUGGCAGGGACAGAAGACCAAGUAAGUGUGGCUGGCGCAUUCCUCUUGCUCUUGCCUGGAGCCUCUGGGCCAGCCAUGAAUGUCCUGAGACGAGGCUUUGCUGCCUCUGGAUUCUUACCCGCCCCCACUGGCCAUGGACACGGCCAUGGCCCCUCGGACCAGUAACUGCCACCAUGACAGUCCUGAUCAUGCACCUGCUGUGUGCCCAGAUCUGUGCUGGAGGCUUCACAAGGGUCAUCUUUCAUCCUCAGACAGCCCUAUCAGGCAGAUGUCACCCAAAUGCAGAGGGGAAAAGAGAGGCUCCAAGAGGUGGCAUUAUUUGUGCGAGAUCACACAGAAGAGUAGACCCCGGCCUAGUUUGGUCCCAGCCCUGCCUCUGACAUGCUGUGUGACAUGGGUCUGGCACCGACCCUCCCUGGUGCUACCUUUCUCCAUCUCAACAAGGAAGGCUGGACUGGACCUUCUCUACAGGCUGAGGCAGGCAUUCGUGUACCUGCCUGCCUGGACUGCAUUCUGCCUCGAGCAGAAAUGCCCACCUCAGGCUCAGACCAUAAGGAGAAGCCACCCUAACUCCAGGGGUGGAUGUGGGACCCUGGCCUGGCUAGUCAGAGCCCCCCAUCUCCCAGGUCACAGUGAUUGGUUUGAGAUGGGCAUGCGAUCCAAUGAGAGAUCUUCCCUGAGGAUUUUGCUGGAAAAGUACCAUCUUCCUUCUGGGGUUGGUGAGCUCAGCAGAUGGACCAGGGGACCUGAGAACAUUGCCUGGGGCCCUGGAUCCAGCUGUACCUGACACUAGAAAAUCUCAAUUCUUCAGUUUCAUGAGUCCCUAAAAUUACUGUAUUUGCCAAAAUU